UCUAAGCAAGAAAAUGCGGGGGAACAGCUACUCAGAGAGGGCUGGAGCCAGUCACCCUCUUCUGAAGCUCCCUUGAACUGGACUGCAGCAUGUCAGCAAAGUCUAAGGGGACAUCAUCACCGACAGAGGGGCAAGCCUCCAAAGCCAAGGUGAAAGAACAGAUCAAGAUAAUUGUGGAUGAUUUGGAAUUAGUCCUGGGAGACCUGAAGGAUGUCGCUAAGGAACUUAAAGAGGUAGUCGACCAAAUUGACACUUUAACUUCAGAUCUGCAGCUGGAAGAUGAGAUGACAGACAGCUCAAAAACUGACACUUUGAACAGCAGUUCGAGCAGUACAACAGCUUCCAGCUUAGACAAGGUUAAAGUUCGAGCCAAUGCACCCUUAAUAAGUCCACCUACACAUCCAUCAGCUGUGCUGACAGUACUUCGGAAGCCCAAUCCACCACCACCUCCUCCACGGUUGACACCCGUGAAGUUUGAAGAAACACAAAGGUUAAUAAACUCAGCCAACAGUGGAAAAAAUAAUGGAGUAUUGCUUCGAAAUGGUGGUUUGCCUGGGGGACCUGUCAAACUUCCUAAUGGCGACAGAUGUACAAUUCAUAACAUCAAAAUGGAUAAAACAACAGGACAGCUUAUGACACACAGACCAGAAAAGGAUCAUUCUUCAACAAGAGAACGUGUACGCUUUAGUGAAAACGUCCUAUAUCAUGGUUACUGUCCAGACUGUGAUGUUCGAUCGGAAAUAAAAAACAGAGAUGUACAUCACCAUGGAGAUUCUAUCCACCUGGCAGAAAAAUUCCCACAUCAUUGUCCUUUAUCACCUCCACAAACACCAUCAUUUUCUGUUGAGAAUGGUGGUGUAGGAAUCGUCAAUAGUGGUUGUCUCCCUCCAUUAAAACCUGGAAAUCCACCUCCUCCAACAAAACCUCAAAAAACUAUAUUGAGGAAAUCAACCACUACAACUGUGUGAUAUUAUUUUUUACAUUUAGAGUUUUAUUAUAAUAAAUCUUAAAUAUUUGAUAAUGAGCACUUUAAAGCAAUAAAAGACCAGAUGUAACCCUACUGUCUCCAGAAGUGUCAAAUCAAUCACUUGAGAGCAUAUUGUAC